AUGCGUGGAGGGCCUGCUGGAGCGUUGACGACCGAGCCGGUAGUCGCUUGUACUGAGGUGACCCGUAAGGAGGUUGCAAGCUCCUUGUGCGUGCGUCAGUCCCCGUCAUCCUCGUUCUUUCUCCCUCCCCACCCCCAUUCACCGGGCCGACGGGGCCGGAAGAGGGGCUAUUUGGGCGGUUCAAACGGGCCCUCAACCUCGAACAGCAGAAGACGCAGCGACGACGGGCCGGCGUUUUGUGUGCGCAACGGCUGCGCCAAGCACGGCGUUGUCGGCUGGAUGCCGCCCGAGCAUGAGCGCCCGGUCCGCCUCAUCCAGCCGCGCCGCCCGCCUCCUCUUACCCCCGAACACCCGUCGGACAAGCACCAGCUCGUCGCUGGCUUGCAGGCACUCGCGCUUCCCCCGCCCCGCGAGAAUGACGCGCUAUUGGCGGAUCUCGGUGGCGAGCUACGACAUCCCGUCGGAUGCGCUCAUUUGGUCGCAAGGACGAUGUGGGACGUCGAUUCGUGGUAG